AUGCUCCUCACAAGAAUCAACCCCAUCGCAAAGCGCAUCGCUACGCCCGCUCUUGGCUCCGUCCGCACUCUCGUCAACAAGGCCACAAUUAUCGGACGCGUUGGACAGGAUGCAGAGCUAAACAACCAUGCCGACCGCACCGUCGUUCACUUUUCAGUGGCCACUUCUGAGAACCACAAGGAUGUCGAUGGUAACCUUGUCAAGACGACACACUGGCACAGGGUUGUCUCCUGGGACCAGAAGAGGAACGCGUACUUGCACGAUCGUGUCAAGAAGGGCGACUUGGUCUUUGUCGAGGGCCCUAUCCACUACAGAUCCUACACCGCUAAGGAUGGCACUGAAAAGAACCUUACCGAGAUUGCUUUGAAAACCUUCCAGGCCCUUACGCCCAAGGAUCAGCAGUAG